CAGGAGAUAACCAGACCAACUAGCACAAGAGAAAUUCUAUGUUUUCAGUACCUGCUCUUGUGCCUUCUAUUUCAUCGAAAAAAGAGGAAACAUGAAACUGGAAUUCACAGAAAAAAACUAUAACAACUUUGUCCUUCAGAACCUCAACAAGCAGAGAAAGAGGAAGGAGUAUUGGGACAUGGCCCUGAAUGUGGACGAUCACGUCUUCUUUGCCCAUCGCAACGUGCUCGCUGCAGUCUCACCCCUGGUGAAAAGCCUCAUCUCCAGCAAUGACAUGAAGACCACCGAUGAGCUCUUCAUCACCAUCGACUCAAACUACCUGAGCCCUUCUUCUGUGGAGCAACUCAUGGACUACUUCUAUAGCGGGAAGGUGGUGAUUUCUGAACAGAACGUGGAGGAGCUGUUGAGGGGAGCCCAGUACUUCAACACACCCCGACUAAGGAUUCACUGCACUGACUUCCUGCUAAAAUCCAUCAAAAGAAACAACUCCCUUCGCUAUCUAUUCUUGGCCGAGCUCUUUGAGUUGAAAGAGGUUUCUGACUGUGCCUAUGCUGCCAUUCGGGAUAACUUUCACUACUGGGCCAGCCAUGAAGGGUCAACCCACUUCAUGCAAUGCCCCCCUGUAAUCUUUGGCAGACUGCUUCGGGAUGAGAAUCUGCAUGUGCAGAACGAGGACCAGGCCCUUAGCUCACUCCUACAUUGGGUAAAUUUCAAAAAGGAAGAGCGGGAGAAAUAUUUCAAGAAGUUCCUCUCCUACAUCAACCUCAACGGAGUCUCCAACAAAACACUCCUAUUUGCCAGCAACAAAGUGGGAGCAAUGGAGAACAACAGCGCCCCCUUGGCCCUGAUAGAGAACAUCUUGUUGGACCGAAAGCAGGAGAAACCGUGCAGGCUGCUGAAUUUCCAAAGGAAAGGAGCCCUGUUGGAUGCUGUAGUGAUUCUAGGGGGUCAGAAAGCCCAGGGAAAAUUCAAUGACUCUGUGUUUGCUUAUAUUAUCGAGGAGGAUAUUUGGCUGAAACUCACUGAGAUGCCAUACAAAGCAGCUGCUCUCAGUGCAACUUCUGUGGGUAAGUACAUUUACAUUUCUGGUGGAACCACGGAGCAGAUUUCAGGCCUGAAAACUGCCUGGAGGUAUGACAUGGAUGAGAACUCCUGGACCAAACUGCCUGACCUACCCAUGGGGUUAGUCUUUCACACCAUGGUGACCUGCGGGGGAGUUGUGUACUCUGUGGGAGGGAGCGUCGCUCCAAGGAGAUACGUUUCCAACAUCUACAGGUACGAUGAGAGGAAGGAAACCUGGAGUCUGGUGGGGAAGAUGAGCAUCCCAAUGGAUGGAACAGCAGUGAUCACCAAGGGAAACAGAAACAUGUACAUAGUGACAGGGAGGUGUCUGGUGAAGGGAUUCAUUUCUCGAGUAGGGGUGGUAGAUUGCUUUGACACUAGCACUGGGGAAGUUGUGCAGUGCAUCACCUUCCCAAUUGAGUUCAACCACAGGCCUCUCCUGUCUUUCCAGCAGGAUAACAUCCUGAAGGUGCACAGCCACAGGCAGAGUGUAGAAAUUAACUUGCAGAAGAUUAAAGCCAGUAAGACUGCCAACUGUGUGCCCUUGCUGCCCAACAACUGUGCCUUGGACGUUUCACAUGCAGUGUGUCUGAUUGGUGACAACAAGGUGUUUGUAUGCGGAGGUGUCAUUUCUACGAAUGACACACAUAAUAAAGAUUACACUAUCAAUAAAAAUGCCUACCUGUUAGACCAGAAGGCAGGGGAAUGGAAGACUAUCACUCCACCACCAGAAGCCCUGGACUGUCCAGCAUGUUGUAUGGUCAAGCUGCCUUGCAAGAUUCUUCGAAAGAUUGACAAUAUUUAAGUGAGAAAAUAAGUAAAUCCAUUAUUAUUCACAGUUUUAAAACAGAGAGAGAGUGCAUGCACGCAUCCUAUUGGUUCCAUCUCAAGGCUUCUGUCAUCUGCUUUUGGCCUUUGGGACAUGUUUAAGCUCAUUAGGCAGAGCCAACCCUAGAGGAUGGCAAAUGGAGGCUAUUGUCCUAUACUCUAUGCUUUUGGGGACACCUCUAGGUUUUGACAUGAGGGUGUCAGAUGUAAUCAUUCAUGGCUCCAUUUAAAGUAACUGUAGACAAUAUAAAUUAUUUGGGAGUCUAAUCCUAGAAAAUCAACUAAAACACUUCUUGAAAUAAUGUAAUCAUUCACGACUACUCAUUAGAGUGCGCACAUGCAAAUGCCAAAUGUAGUUACAAAGAAAAAGAUUCACUAAGCAUAGUGAAACCCUAGGUACCUCCAUCACCACCCUUUCUCCAAGCUGAGAGAUGAAAAAAAAUGGAGCAAAGAUCCAUUUCAUGGGAAAGGAGAAACAUCCACAAAGAGUUGGGUGUACUGGAUUUGGGAGAAGGGGGUGGGGAUGGUGGUAUAGAAGGGGUAAGGGAAUGGAAGGAGCAGGAGGGGAAGACAAAAAGAUUCAUUGGUAAUGAAAGAGAAAUACCCAGCUGGUAUAUUUAACUUUGAAUCAACAACAUAUGUUUCACAAUUAGUUUAUGGGACAUGUUUUUGGACCUACUUAUAGGUGUGAAAGGAAGGUUCAUUUAAGACUUACAGAAGAUUGGGGGGCUGGGCAGAUGAGGGAAAGGGAGAGAACUUCUACUCUGAUCCUCAACAUUAAAGGUGAGGAAGAAGAAAAGGUUACUCUCUAACCUGCUCAGAAGAUAAUCAGGGGAAGAGAGUAAGAAUGGAAAUUCAUAUUGGGACUCUGCAGUAUUUAGAGUAGAAAAGGAGAAGGGGGUAGAGUAGUGUCUUGGCCUGAGUCACAUGAAGUCUAUUCAACAUCCCAGAGAUGGAUGAAAUAUUAGGAAAUUGAACUCCUGGCUAAAGACACCUUCAGUAUCUAUCUGUCCUUGUGUUUCCCUCCUUUACUCUGACUCUUCCUUAAACCCUAGAGGUAGAAAGGCAAAGUUUUCUCAGGAUGGUGGUGUCUGAGAGAAGAAAGGCAAAGACUUCUAUCUAGACUUCUUCCCUGACCAUAAAUUUCUUACUCUGCAUUUCUUCACUUUUCCAAUACUCAUUGAACUGAUUUUCUGUCCUCAAUGGAAUUGCAAGGGCUUGGUCCCUCCCCAUUCAACUAGGCCAUCAGCUAAAAAUGCCUAGCUGGCCUCACAACCUUAAGGUUCCAACUGUCAACUUUGGGUCACCCACUCUAUUUGCUUUUUUAUUUCCCUUAGGCUUGAAAGUGUAGAGGGUGUGCCCAGGAGAAGCCUGAUAAAGUUCUUUUCAAUCUCUCUUUUUUUAAAAAAAAAUUAAUCAUUUUUGUUUUUACAAUUCAAUCGGUUUCCAAUCAUGAACACUUAUACAGUCUCAUGUCAGAAAAACACUUUGACUCUGGUAUGUGGUAUAUGGUUGUGUCUAAACCUUUUUUUUUUUUUUAAGCAAACAGCUUUCCAGUUUUCUCAGCAGUUUUUAUCAAAUAAAUUGGAUUUUCCCUAUCACUUGUGCUCUUGGGCUUACCAAAAAAAUGAGUUACUGCAUUUUUUCCUCCUCCUAGGUCUUAUUUUAUCUAGUCUGUUUUACUAAUCUACUUUUCUAUUUUUAACUUGUACCAAAUAGGUUUGAUGAUUACUGUUCUAUAACAUAAUUUGAGAUAUGGUCAUGUUUUUUGCCCCUUUGUAUCCUUAGUGCUUAGCACAAUGCCUGGCACAUAAUUAGCACUUAAUAAAUGUUGGUUGA